AUGCCUCGAGUCAAGAGGGAAUCAUCGGCUGCUGCCGCCGACGCGCGGAAGGAGCAGAAGUUGGCACCAGAAGUGCAGGCCGUUCGCAAGCUCUUCGUGGAGGCCCAAAGGACGGUCCAGUGCCACCAGCGUUGCAGCGACUCGCUUCCGCGGCUGCUCUCUAAGCAUGAGUCGGCUUGGGAUGAGUACUUCUCGUGCUUGACCCGCAUCCUGGUGGUCUCGAAGCGCGACCCUGGCGUGGAGCGUCUGGUUCAUUUCGUUUCUCUGGCCGCGGGCUCCGAUGUGAACGCGAGCCUUUUCGACCGUACGGUCGAGUUCCUGCUGCUGCACUCCGGAGCGGCGGACAAGGCUGUUCGCUUCCGUUGCUGCCAGCUCCUGGGCACUCUCACGACGGAAUACACGCAACGUCCCCAGGUGGACGAGGAGGACCUGGACUGCUUCGUGGACGUUUUGCUACCCCGCCUAAGAGACAAGGUCGCAGCGGUGCGGGUGCAGGCGGUCGGCGCCCUGCGGCCGUUUCAGUUCGGUCUUGAGGCCGGCGACGACGAGGAUGCCCUGAAGGACGACAAGGUGCGGUCGGAGCUAGUGAGGGCCAUGGUGAGCGACAGCAGCCCGGACGUGCGUCAGGCGGCGCUGGCUGCGGUGACCAAGACGGUCGGCAUGUUCGAUCAGUUGGUGCUCCGGACACAGGACGUCAAGGAGAGUGUCCGCAGGGCAGCUUUUCGGACCCUGGGGGAGGAUGUGUCUUCCAAGCUCCUGAGCCCGCAGCAGAGGGUAACGCUCGUGAAGAGGGGUCUCUCGGACAGUUCGGAGGCGGUCGUGGAUGCUUGCCGUUUCAUGGUGUGCGUCCACUGGUUCCGCGACGCGGAGUACGACCCCAUGGAGCUGCUGCAGCGCCUGAACGUCGUGAAUGUGGAGGUGAUGUCCGCCGGGGAGAAGGAGACCCGUCUGGAGACCAUCCUGACGGAUACCAUGACCCUGUGCGGACAGAUCGAGGUCGUCGCGCAGGAGGUGAAGGAGCUGGUGUCAAAGGACGUGGGCGACAACGACGCCCGCGUGGAGUACCAAGUCUUCGUUCUCGAGCAGUUGCUGAAGCUUGCGACCCAUGCAGACUUCACCGAAGAGGCCGGGCGUCGUCGUCUGGUGACCCUCCUUCAGGACCUUCUCCUGGACGUGGACAUGCUUCACCACACGGUGGAGUCGAGCAUGGUGGCUCUCGCCGCCGCACACACGUCCGAGGCGGACUUCGUCCGCAUCGUUGCCGAGCUCGUUAGCGACAUCUCGGACCUCAUCCACACCCGCCCGACCAACGACGUUUCCACCCAAAACGUCUCCCUGAAUGCGUCGUUCGCGUCAAUCAUGGAGGGCCUUGGGGACGUCGGCGACGGCACCCCCAACCGGUCUUUUGCGUCCAUGAGGUCGGCCGUCCGAGCCGCCAUCCCGAAGAAUUUCGUCAAGGACAGGGCUCGCGCGAUCGAGGGCAUCGCGCCAAUGGCGUGCAUGAGCGAGGAGGGCGGGAAGGCCGUCGAGUCCAGCGGCGGCGGCAGCAAGAGGGCUGAUCCCCCAUCGUCAGAGGACGAGUUCAUGGAUGCCCUGUCCCACCACAGUGGCGCCGAGGGCGAAGGAGAGAGCAACGGAGACGCCCUCCGUCAGGCCACCGCCGGUUUGGAAGAGAAGGAAUCGACCCCUGUCGCUCCCGCCGGAGACAGUGAACAGGACAUGCGCCGCUUGUUCCGCAUCCUUGACAUCCUAUCGGUUCUUCUCUCCAAGACCAAGCGGACUCUCGCGAGGGAUGCGACCCUCACAGCCUUCGAGGAUGUCAUCAUGGACGUCUUCAAGUGGACCGCCGAGGUGCUUCCGACGUUGAUCCCGGACCUCCAAUACUUCGGCCCUACCCUCCGAGAGCAAGCGGUGCAGACCCUCGGCAAGUACUGCCUCCUCGGGGAGGCGGCGGCCGUGAGGCACAGCCCCAUGCUGCUCAAGGUAGCCCUGUGUGAGGACGAGGCGACCGGCGUUCGCGCCUGCGCUAUGCAGGCCCUGAGCGACCUGUCCCUGAUCUUCAGGAGCGCUGUCCUCGGAUCGACGGGUGACGUGUUGAACAUGUUCGCAGACAUUCUCAAGGACAGAUCUGCGAAUCGGGGCAUGACAGCUGUGGCCGCCGAGGCUAUCUCUCGCCUCCUGUUCUUCGAGCUGUCCCACGACCCCGAGCUAUUGGCGAGGCUUGUCGUCUUGUAUUUCGAGAAGGGUUCCGCCGCCGACCCCUCCGCGGGGUCCCGUGGGGACGAGGACGGGGAAGAGGAAGAUUUGGAGGAGGACGCCAAGGCCGUUGGGAGCAGCGUGCGACUCAGCCAGAUUCUGGGUGUGUACUUCCGGUCUCUGCCCUCCGCUGGUCCGAGGGUGCGCGACAUGCUCUCCGAGUCCGUGCGAUACGUCAUGGGCGUCCUCAGGGGCAUCGCCGAGCUCAACGUUGCUGCCGAGAAAAACAACGAGAACGACGCGAACAAGACCGUGGCGAAGAUCGAAGUCCCUUUCCAGGACGUGGUGAAGUUUGUGAGGGAGCUUCUGAUGGUGCAGCAGGAGGAGAGCGCCUUGCGCGAGGCGGAGGCGGCGGAGGAACCUUCGUUGACGAAGAAAGAGGUCGAAGAAGAGGGCCAGGAAGAAAAAGAAGACGGCAAAGACACGCCGGAAAAGGCCGAGGCUGAGAAGAGCAGUAGCAGCAGCGCGGGCACGGCAGGCGCGGCUGGAGGAGUGGAUGCGACUGGGCACGUCGCGCUCUGCAUCACCGAAGAGCUCUGGACUCUGAGCGGCAUCGACGGCGUCUCCGAGCUCGCAGCGUCGUUGGCCAAAGUGCUCACGUCUCUGCCUCUUCCGGAAGACGACCAGGUGACCCUGAAGCGCCUACGCAAGAACGUGGACAGGCUGGAGUCUCUAGGCGAUAGCCGCCUGGGCGCCAAGGUUUCGAGGGUCAUUGCCAAGUAUGCCGAGGUUCUCUUCGCCGCCGACCUCACCCCCGACGAUAGCGACAGCGACGACAACGGCAACAGCGACGGCGGCGACAGCGACGAGCACACACGCGCCGCGGACAAGUCCGGGGACGAAGCGGAGGAGGAACAGAAGGCCCCAAUGCGCAAGAAGCGGAGCAGCAACACGUCCUCUUCUUCUUCGUCUGCCAGCCUGCAGCCGCCGUCCCGCCGACCUUCCCGCCAGAGCAAGGUGGCCGCGCGCGAGCGCAUGGCGCACGCGGAGGCGGAGGCGGUGGCGGCCGCGGCCGCCGCCGCUGCUGCUGCUGCUGCUGCUGAGGAGGAGGAUCGAGACACUUCGGAAGACGAGGACGAGGAGGAAAGCGACGGCGAAGAUGAUGGCACGGAGCAUGGGCAAGCGGAGGCCGAAGAUGGCCGUGGUGAAACCGUCGACGAUGACGACAAUGCCGUUGAGUCGGAGGACGACGACGAGGAUGAUGGCUACGAGAGCGCCGCCACCAAGGUAUCAUCGCCCGCGAGGGAAAAGCGCAGCAGCACCCGACGCAGGUCGAGCAGGGCGAAGGCGAGCCCGCUGGCCGAGAUCAGCAACAGCCCCGGUCGGGGCAGGAGGCUGCGUGCCUGA